AUGGCACUACAACGCGCAAAUGAUAUCAUCGGCAAGUCACGCGAUGAAUACCAAUGCAAUCAUGUAGUCAAUUACGUUUUAAAUGGCGAUAAAACCAAAGGUGGGUUAGCAAGAAGCUAUCUGAAUUAUGGUGAAGUAGUACUAACACCUCAGGCACUCGAUGUUGUCGUUGAUAAAGACGGUGUUCAUUGUGGGACCUUCAUAGAUAGUGGAAAUUUUAUACAUUCUUCAACCAAAAGACAUCAAGUGAUUAAGGAUACCCCUACGCAAGUGUACAACCCAAAUGAAGUCAGAAAUCCGCUGAGUUCAAGUGAAUCCAUUGUGCAUACAAUACAGAUAGAUGAAAAUCAUUGGAAAUGCAAAGAUUGUUCGACGCAAAAUGUCAAUUCAACUAGACGAUGCAGAGGGUGUGGUAAAACACGAUCUAAUCAAAAUACAUCCGGCAGUAGUGCGUGGAACACGACACUAAACGAGGAAGAGUAUGGGUGCACAUCGACACCCGGUGCACCGAAAUCUUCUGAACGAUACCCAUCUGCGAAAUCAGAUAAAAAAGGCACCUACGAUGAUGAUGAUGAUGAUGAUGAUGUGCAGUAUGAAUCGAAAAGUUCUUCAGGUAAAAACUCAAAUCCUCAACAUCAUCAAGAUAAAAUACUUGCCGAAGGAAAGAAACAUCGAAAACCAGUAAGUUAUGAAGACGAUGACAGUGAUGAUUCCGAGCCGAAAGUCGCAUCUAGCAAGAGGCUAUAUCCUGAACUUCCUCAAGAUGAAAAGCCUAUCAAAGAGAAAAAAACGUCAAAACCAAGCCACCAUUCUGAUGAUGAUGACGAAGAUCGGUCGACUGCAAAGUCGAAAAAACCAAUACCAUCAACAGGAAAGAAGUCAGGAAAAACUCGCAGCCCAUCGCCAUCCACGUCGAAACAAUGGGCAACGGUUUAUAUUACUGAUUUGCCAGUGCAUAUACAGAGCAAUUCUAAAAUGGAAGCACUAAUUAGUAAGCGAAUAGAAGACAUGCUGCAAAGUAAGCCAAAGGAAGUCAAAUGCUAUUCAAAAUUAGGCAUCGGUUUUAUUUGCGUGGCCAAUAAUGAACUGAAAAACCGUCUGUUAAACACAUUUGGUAGAAUUGUAUUAGAUCCGAAAGAUGGAAAAAGUUACAUUGUAUUUGUCGAAGACAUUGAAAUUAUUUCAUAUAUGGUUCUUGAAGUUACAAAAGAAGAAGAGAACCAAAUGUUACCAACAGCAACUGACAUAUCGCGUCGUUGGGUCGAACUACAUAAAGGAGAAAGGCCAGUAUCGUGUGACGUAUUAAGCGCUCAGUUUCCAAAUAUUUAUCGAGUUACUUCGUCAUCGUUGGAGGAACUUACCAAUUCAACACUUGAUGGAGCUUUUCGUAUGAACAAAUUCCUAGGUCACAUAUAUUAUUGUGCAGAUUGCUGUUUCUUUGAUGAUUUACCUCGUACAAUCACAAAGCAACAUAUACACGACGCGAUUGCUAUGAAAAUUAAACAGCCAAGCCUUUCCCAGGCUUCUCUCUAUAUUCAAGUAAAUAAACGAUCGGAUUCUGUGUGCGUUAUUUCUGCAGAUGAAGCAAGAUCAUGGUCAGCAGAAAGUUUCAUUACUAUCGAUAAAACUACGUUACAAAAGAAAACUAAUCUUCCAUGUCGAUUAGUAAUACAUCCAAUUCCAGAAUCAUACUCUAUUCAAAAUAUCAUUAAACAUCGACAAUUUCAAAAUGCUGUAACGUCUCAUAAGCUUGUUGGAGAUCGUCUUAUUCUGGAAGUCUCCGAUAAAAAUGUGUUUGACCAAUGUUUAGAUCGUGGUGCACUUCGACUUGAUAGUGGCAAUGUUCUCAGUAUAGAUCUUUGUAAUUCCUUAAAUAAUCCAGAUGGAAGCGACAUUGACGAGGAGACAUGGUAUAGAGCGGACAUGCUACAAAUGAAACCGGAUAUAAUGCAAUUUUUAAAUAAUCUUAAACAUAAAAUUUUUCGUCUUCGAUGGAAUGCACAGCUCUGGAGUGAGCAGUUCGAACGCGUAGCAAAACAAAAACAUGAUCCAAACAAUCCAACAUCGGAUCAGAUUCGUCAUUUACUUCGCGUCACUGUCAUGUUAAAUACACUUGCUGUAAUGCAAAAACGAAGCUUUAUGAUCAAGGAUCGUGAAAUACAAUUGAGAUUGAAAAAUCAGUUGGAGACUAUCGUAUAUAAUCAUAAGUCAACGAUCGAAAAAACAGGAAAAUUACCGUUAAAGAAAAUGCCAUACUCUCGGACUAAGAUUCGUGUUGUUCGUAAUGAUUGCUUGAUUGAAUAUGAAAAUAUGGUCAAGAAGGGAAAACGACCUGUUCUUCUUAAUAUGGCAAGUGCAACCAGUCCCGGUGGUGGUUUUCGCAAAGGUGAUGGUGCACAAGAAGAGAAUAUUUUUCGUCGAUCUGACUAUUGUCGAAGUCUUGAUGUUGGUCUUGACGAUUUUCUUCGAGAACGUGCUGAUCGUUUUUAUUGUUCUUCUGACUGUCGUCUUGAUCGUGUAUCGGAUCCGAAUAGUAUGUAUCCAAUGGAUGAAUAUGGUGCUAUUUAUACAACAGGUAUCACCGUCUUUCGACAACCAGAAGAAACGGGUUAUGCGUUUAUGGAAAAACCACUAGAAGAUGUUUGCUCAAUUGCAAUGGCUGCGUAUCGUGAUCCUGAACUGAAGGGCAAUUUCUUAGCACCAAAAUACGCCGUAGGAACAAGAAAAAAGAUCGAAAAUAUUUUUGCUAUUGCCCAUCAUCAUAAACAUGACUGUUUAAUUUUAUCAGCCUUUGGCUGCGGAGCGUUUAAAAACCCACCUGAACAUGUCGCCAAACUCUUCCAUUCGGUUAUCGAACAAUAUGCUGGCCUUUUUGAUACUAUUGUUUUCGCCAUCGUUGAUGAUCAUAACGCUGGUCGUCAGCUUAAUCCAGAUGGGAACUUUAAACCUUUCGCUCAUGUCUUAGAUGAUCAAUAUGUAGAACCACCUGCAUCAAUAGAUAAGCCAGACACCAUAAUAGGUCCAUAUCUACUUUUAAGUGAUGGAGUAGCUGUUGCUGAUGUGAAAAUAUUCCACCAAACACCUUGUAAUCAUGGUCCUAAGUGCGUUGAAAUGUACGAUUCUCACCAUAAUAAUCAGUUCUCUCAUCCACCACUUUGUAUUCAAGCAGCUAUUGAUGGAAAAUGCAAGCGAACAGAUGAUGUUAUUCAUAUGACAUCAUUCGUUCAUCGAAAUCAAUGUCGAGAUGGUGGUUUAUGUAAAAAGGUCAAUGAUGAAAGUCAUAGCCGAGAAUUCGAACACCCAAACUAUUGCCCCGAAGAAGGUCGUUGUCAGAAUCAAGAAGGCGUCCAUUUAAAACAAUAUCGACAUUUACCUCUUUGUGAAAAGGGGCUCAAAUGUAUGGAAUAUCAAAGAGAAAUUGCCAGUCAUUGCAAUAAAUGUCGUCACUGUGCUCCACAAUGUUCCCAUGGUGGUCUAUGCGCGAUGUUUCAUGACAGAGAACAUGUCGAAGAGUUUAAACAUCCGUUUGCUUCACCCUGUCCUCGAACACCAUUUGAUUGUCCUCAUUUCAUAGCCUUAUCGGAAGCCAACANAUUAGAAGAAUUCGGUACCUGUCUUGAAUCUCUUUGGCCCUAUAACGUUGUAGAUGUCAAUGCACGACCCAGUGAUCAAGCUUAUCAAGAAGCAAAAAAGCACACGAUCAAGGAAGCGCUUCAGAUCGAUAUUGAUUUGCACGAAAUGAAAUCGUGUCUUGCCCAAGGCUUUCCAUUCGCAUUUGGAUUGCGAUUGUAUCGAUCGUUUGAUCGAGCGUCUACAACAGGUGUUGUUCCAAUGCCAAAUACAUCCGAACGAAUACGUUCAUCACACGGAAGUCAUGCGUUAUUAGCUGUCGGUUACAGUGAUCAUUCCAGAUCAUUCAUUGUUCGAAACUCAUGGGGGGCAGAUUGGGGAGAUCAAGGAUAUUGUUAUAUACCGUACGAUUAUAUGACAAAUCCCGAGCUGUGUUUUGAUGCUUGGGCAGUUCGAAAAUUAUCCAACGAUAGUUUUGGAAAAGAACACUGGGAUAAUGUCGAUGCGAUCAAUUAUCUCAAAGCUGCUGUCAUGGAACUGAUGUCAAUGGAUAAUGGUAACGACGAUGACAACCUUGCAAUCGAACAGGUAGCUGAAGAUGACGAACCAAAUCAAGAUCAAUAUGGUGCUAAUAGCGGUUAUCAGCAUCAUCCAUGGCCGAACAAUGGUGGUGGAUUUCCUCCACCUCCUCCUGCUUGGCAUCAACCACAUGGUAUGAAUAAAUUUUCAUUGGUGUUCGUCGGACAAUAUAUCAUUCGUUUAACUAUUCUUUCAGGCAAUCCCUAUCAAGGAAAUAAUAUGCCACCGUAUCAUAAUCAACCACAACCGUAUGGUGGAGGAUACGGAGCCCCCAACUAUCAACAUCAACCUGGUUUUCCACCAUACAAUAACUCUGGUGGUUAUUUUCCAAAUCAGUAUCAAAAUAAUUUUCCACCAGUCAAUCCAAAUUAUCCGAACAACUUUCCACCGCAUCCUGCUUCACUCGCUGAUUUUAUGAAUUCCGAGAGUCAAAAUCAACCAUUCGGAAUGGCACCGAAUUACAACCGUGGCCCGUAUAAUAAUCCGAAUCAAUAUUAG